AUGGCAGCCAAAGCUUUUCAAGUUGCUCUCGAUGCAGCAACAAACGAAAACAACACUGAAGAGAAUUGGGAUAGAAUUUUAGAGGUAUGUGACUACGUUAAAAAUGGUCAAGUAAAACCUAAUGAAUUACUUGAUCAAAUCGUGAAACGUUUGAAACAAACUCGUAAGGCGAAACUACAAAUGAACGCUUUAACAUUAUUCGAUGCAGCGGUAAAAAAUUGUGGUCAACAAUUUCAUCAAGCAUUUACAUCACGUGCAACAAUGAAUGCACUCGUUGAAGUUAUUGAUGAUUCACAUACGGAAAACAUUGUACGUAAUCGUAUAGGUUCAUUAUUAAAACAAUGGAUGAAUGAUCCAGAAUUUAAAGACAAAGCUCAGUAUGCUAUGCUCGGUGCAACAUAUAAAAAGUUAAUAACAGAGAAAAAUUACACCUUCAUUGAUGGACCUAAUCAUCAAUCGAUAUCCUCAGCAGGCACAACAGUGGCAGGAGUUGCAGCACGAAAAACUCAAGAUGAUCUAUUGGCAAAACGAGAAGAGGAAGAGUUUGCUAAAGCUAUUGCUUUAUCGAUGCAAGAAGCAAAUCAAUCAAAACCACAGCAAACAGCUACAAAUUCACUUUAUCCAUCGAUGCAACCAUCUUCUUCAACAAAUCCGACAUCGGCAUCGACAAUAACAAGUUCAGUUGGUAAUGAAAAGAAAGCGAAAGCUUUAUAUGAUUUCGAAGCGGCAGAAGACAAUGAAGUGACAUUCAAAGCAGGCGACAUUUUGAUUAUUACGGAUGACAGUGACCAACAUUGGUGGAAAGGUAUCAACAAUGGUGUUGAAGGUCUAUUUCCAGCUAAUUUCGUUACGAAAAAUCUUCAACAACAAGUUGAUUCGCCUAGUCAAUCAAACGGAACAGCUAAUGAUAUCAAUCAAAAGCAACAACAACGUCAGAAUGAAAUUGUUAAAGAUCAAGUCGUGAUCGAUGAACGUCUUAUCGAUCGAUGCUUAGGAAUGUUGCAAAAUGCUGAUCCAACCGGUGAAAUCGAGGCCGAUUCGAAUGAAAUGCUCAUGCUGGAAGACACAUGUUAUGCAAUGGGUCCAUUGAUCGAUCAUGAACUAGAAAAAGUCGAUCGUAAGCAUGUUCAAUUAGAAGAAUUGAAUAAAAACCUACGCGAAGCUAUGGAUUUGUAUCACCGAUUGAUGGAAGAAGGUCGUAUACGUGCAGCUCAAGCGAAAACAAAUGCUGCUCAACUAGCUAAUCAAAUGUACCAACAGACACAAAUUCCAACUCAACAAUAUUAUCCAGGUCAUCCAAGUUUACAACAACAACAACAACCACCAAUGAUGUAUCAACCUUCACAAAUGUAUAAUAAUCAAAUACCUCCACAAACUCAACCAUCCAUGCCUUAUAUUCCACAACAAGCAACAGGAGCAUAUUAUGUUGAUCCCAAUUUACAACAAACGCAACCAGUACAUAUGAUGUAUACGAUGCCACCAAACAUGAUGCCGCCGCAACAGCAACAACCAGCUGCUUAUAGCGAAACGCAGUAA